AUGUCUGCCUCAGAGAUUCGACGAACAUUUAUCGAUUUUUUUACUAAAAAGCAUGGGCAUCUUUAUGUUCAUUCAUCAUCAACUAUUCCGCUGGAUGACCCAACAUUACUAUUUGCUAAUGCUGGAAUGAAUCAAUUUAAACCAUGUUUUCUUGGUACAGCCGAUCCAAAUAGUGACAUGGGAAAAUAUAAACGUACAGCCAAUAGUCAAAAAUGUAUUCGUGCUGGUGGUAAACAUAACGAUUUAGAUGAUGUUGGAAAAGAUGUAUAUCAUCAUACAUUUUUUGAAAUGCUUGGAAAUUGGUCAUUUGGUGAUUAUUUCAAAGAAAAAGCUGUUGAUAUGGCUUGGGAAUUACUUGUUGAUGUAUUCAAAUUAGAUAAAAGUCGUUUGUAUGCGACAUAUUUUGAAGGAAAUCCAAAAAGUAAUCUUCAACCAGAUAUCGAAACACAAAAUCUAUGGAAAAAAUAUUUACCUGAUGAUCAUAUACUUCCGGGUAAUAUGAAAGAUAAUUUUUGGGAAAUGGGUGACACUGGCCCAUGUGGCCCAUGUACAGAAGUUCAUUUUGAUCGUAUUGGUGGUCGAAAUGCAGCUCAUCUUGUGAAUCAUGACGAUCCAGAUGUAUUAGAAAUUUGGAAUCUUGUGUUUAUUCAAUUCAAUAGAGAAAAAGAUGGUUCAUUACGUGAAUUACCAGCAAAACAUGUUGAUACAGGUAUGGGUUUUGAGCGUUUAACAUCAGUGAUUCAAAAUAAACGUUCAAACUAUGAUACGGAUAUAUUUAUGCCUAUAUUUGCUGCAAUUGAAAAAGGAACUGGUGCACGAACUUACACAGGUAAAGUUGGCGCUGAAGAUAGUGAUAAAAUGGACAUGGCUUAUCGAGUUAUUGCUGAUCAUAUACGAACAUUAACUAUUUCGAUAAGUGAUGGCGGACGACCAGAUAAAACAGGUCGCGGUUAUGUUCUUCGACGUAUUCUUCGGCGUGCUAUUCGUUAUUCAUCAGAAAAGUUACAAGCUAAACCUGGCUUUCUUGCAUCUCUUGUUGAUGUUGUUGUUGAAAUUCUUGGUUCAUUCUUUCCGGAAUUACAUAAAGAUCCACAAUUAGUUAAAGAUAUAAUUAAUGAUGAAGAACAACAAUUUUUACGUACAUUAACACGUGGUCAACGUUUACUUAGUAAAACAAUAUCAUCGUUAGGAAAUGCAACAACAUUCCCUGGCGAUAUUGUUUGGCGUUUAUAUGAUACAUAUGGUUUUCCGGCUGAUUUAACACAAUUAAUGUGUGAAGAACGUGGUUUAACAUUUGAUAUGAAGUUAUUUGAAGAAGCUCGACAAAAAUCUUUAACUGCUUCACAACAAACAAGCGGUGAACAAGCUCAAGUUCAAUGUACACUUGACGUACAUGCUAUUGAUGAACUCAAACAAGCAAAAGGCAUCAAGCCAACUGAUGAUUCAUCGAAAUAUGAUUAUAAAUGUGAUGCACAAGGCACAUAUACUUUUCCAUCGAUUCAAGCCACUAUUUUAGCAAUUCGAAGUGGUAAAGAAUUUGUGAAUUCAAUUAGUUCAGGACAAGAAUGUGGUUUGGUACUUGAUCGUACAUGCUUUUAUGCAGAAGCUGGUGGACAAACUUAUGAUGAAGGCUAUAUUGUUAAAGAAGAUGAUGAAAAUGUAGAAUUUCAAGUUCGCACUGUUCAAGUACGUGGUGGUUUUAUUCUCCAUGUUGGUGUUGUCGAAGGAACACUUAGUGUUAAUGAUAAAGUACGUUUAACUAUAGACGAUUUUCGUCGAAAUUUAAUCAUGAAAAAUCAUACGGGUACACAUAUACUUAACUUUGGUUUACGUGGUACACUUGGUGAUACUGUUGAUCAACGUGGUUCAUUGGUUGCACCAGAUCGUUUACGUUUUGAUUUUAGUGCUAAAGGAGCCUUGACACCAGAUGAGCUUAGAAAAACAGAAGCUAUUUGUAAUGACAUAAUUGAUCAAUCUUUACAAGUUUAUGCUAAAGAUGCUUCAUUGGAAGAAGCAAAAUGUAUUGAUGGUUUACGUGCUGUUUUCGAUGAAACAUAUCCAGAUCCAGUACGAAUUGUUUCCAUUGGUGUAUCCAUCGAAGAUUUACUUAAUAAGUCACCUAAAUGUGAUGGACGACUAUAUUCAGUUGAAUUCUGUGGUGGUACUCAUUUAAAAACUAGUAAACAUGUUGAUCAACUUGUUAUUGUUACGGAAGAAGCUAUUGCCAAAGGUAUUCGACGUGUUGUUGCUGUAACAGGUCCUGAAGCUGAAAAAUGCACUAAACGAGCUGAUCAACUCGAAGCAAGCCUUCAAGAUUUAUCACGCCGUCUACGUGAUUCAUCAUCGUUAAGUACAACAUCGGUAUCAUCACGUUUAACAUUUAAUAAAGAAAUCUUUGAUUUCAAUGAAAACAUUUCGCAUGCUAACAUUUCUCAAUGGCGUCGUGAAGCUCAACGUAAUCAAUUAAAAGAAUUGAAAUCAAUAUUAAUUGAACUAGAUAAAGCUGACGUUAAAAAUCAAAUAAAACAUGCUGUUGAUGCAUGCCGAGAAAUUCUAACAAAAUAUCCUGAUCGUAAAUGUUUAAUUGCAAAUUUUGAGAUGGGCAAUGAUACAAAGAAUUUAAGUACAGUUAUUAAUCAAGUACGUACUCAAGCAAAUGAUGUCGCUAUUAUGUUAUUCAGUGUUGAUCAUGAAACCGAAAAAUUUGUUUGUCUUGCUAAUGUAGCUGAUGCACAAAUUAAGGAAAAACAAUUGAAAGCAAAUGAAUGGAUACAAAAAGUAAUUGCAGAAGCCAAUGGACGCGGCGGCGGUAAAGAUAACCAAGCUCAAGCAACAAAUUGCGAUGCUAAACAGAUAGAUCACUGCUUAAAAUUAGCAGAGGAAUUUGCGCUUUUGAAACUCAAUCCGAUCAGACUUUUAAUCAAUUCGUUUAUUAAACGUCCAUGCACACACUUCAGAUCAUUUAUUAAUUCAUCUUGUCUCUUCAAUAAAUCAACUACACGCUACCAAUAUCGACGAGAAUUAACAAAACGUGAAGCAAAUCUACAUAAACAAUUCAUUCAACGACACAUGGCUACACCAAUGAGUGAUGAAAAUGUUGAAAAACUUCUUGAACCAUUUCGAGCAGCAGUUAAAGUUCAAGGUGAUAUUGUGAAACAAAUGAAAGAUAAUAAUGUUAACAAAGACGAUGCAGAAUUUAAACAGGCUAUCAAUGAACUUAAAAUACGAAAAAAAAAACUUGAGGAUCAAAUUGCUAAAGCGAUGCCAAAAGAAGAAAGCAUUGAUCGAUUAAAAAUGGAAGAUUUACUUAAACGAAGAUUUUUCUAUGAUCAAUCAUUUUCAAUUUAUGGAGGUGUCAACGGUCUUUACGAUUAUGGCCCUAUGGGUUGUGCAAUAAAAGCUAAUAUGUUAUCAGAAUGGCGUCGACAUUUUAUUCUUGAAGAACAAAUGCUCGAAGUCGAUUGUUCGAUGCUAACUCCAGAAAUUGUUCUUAAAGCAUCUGGUCAUGUUGACCGAUUUGCUGAUUUUAUGGUGAAAGAUGUUAAAACAGGUGAAUGUUUUCGAGCCGACCAUUUAAUUGAAGCACAUCUUGAAAGAUUACUCAAAGCAAAAGAUAUCACUGCUGAGAAGAAAGCUGAAAUUGAACGUUUACUACCACAGGUUGACAAUAUGAAAGGGCCUGAUAUGCAACAAGUAAUUGAACAAUAUAAAAUGAAAUCACCUGUAACAAAUAAUGAUCUGUCAGAGCCGGUUGCUUUCAAUUUAAUGUUUGCUACUUUAAUCGGUCCAACUGGUCAAUUGAAGGGCUAUCUCCGACCCGAAACAGCCCAAGGCAUGUUUGUUAAUUUUAAACGCUUACUAGAAUUUAAUCAAGGUCGUUUACCGUUUGCUGCUGCUCAAAUUGGUAAUUCGUUUCGAAAUGAAAUUUCACCACGUUCUGGUCUUAUUCGAGUUCGUGAAUUUACUAUGGCUGAAAUUGAACAUUUCGUUGAUCCAACUGAUAAGAGUCAUCCUAAAUUUGAAACUGUUGCCAAUCUUCAAGUUCAAUUAUAUACUGCAACAAAUCAAAUGAGUGGUGAAUCAGCUCGAUUAGUUCGUUUAGGUGAUGCUGUUAGUUCAAAAUUGAUUAAUAAUGAAACUCUUGGUUAUUUCAUUGGCCGUAUUUAUUUAUUCAUGACUAAAGUUGGUAUUGAUAAAACUCGAUUACGUUUCCGUCAACAUAUGGGCAAUGAAAUGGCUCAUUAUGCAUGCGAUUGCUGGGAUGCUGAAUGUAAAACAAGUUAUGGAUGGGUUGAAUGCGUUGGUUGUGCCGAUCGUUCGUGUUAUGAUUUAACACAACAUUCGAAAUUUAGUGGUGAACGUCUUGUUGCCGAAAGAGCAUUACCAGAACAAAAGAAAAUACAAGUUAAUGAAGUACUAGCACAUGCAAAUGUAAUUGGUAAAUCUUAUGGUAAAGAUACAAAUCAAAUAACGCAACAUUUACAAAAGCUAUCUCAUGAAGAUGCAAAAGUCUUACACGAUAAACUUGACCAAGGCGAUGUACCAAUUAUUAUCGAUGGCAAAGAAUAUGCAAUCACAAGAAAAAUGUUUACAUUUCGAACAUCUGAAAAAACUGUACAAGUCGAAGAAUUCGUUCCAUCGGUUAUUGAACCGUCGUUCGGUAUUGGCCGUAUAAUGUAUUCUAUGUGGGAGCAUAACUUUCGAGUUCGACCCGAGAGUGAACAACGAACAUAUUUUACAUUACCACCAUUGAUUGCACCCUAUAAAUGCGUUAUUUUACCAUUGAGUGGCAAUGAAGAAUUCAAACCAUUUGUUAAAGAUAUUUCUGCUCUUUUGACACAAGGUGGUAUUUCUCACAAAAUAGAUACAAGUAGUGGUAGUAUUGGUCGACGUUAUUCACGUUCAGAUGAAAUCGCUGUACCAUUUGCAAUUACAAUUGAUUUUGAUACUCUUAAAGAACCAUUCACAGUCACAUUACGUGAUCGUGAUACAUUUAAACAAAUACGAGCUAAAAUUGACGAAAUAACUAGUAUUCUUCAAGGACUUUCAAGUGGCACAAUAACAUGGGGUGAAAUAUGCUCGCACUAUCCAGCAUUUGUUGAACAGCAGUCAACCAACGCACAAUAA